AAAUUCACAACUACCUAAAGGGUCCUUCGAAUCCGGAUUUGCUCGCUUCAUUUACACACCACCUUCGUUAUUAAAUUCUUAACUCGUUUGUUUUCGUGGGAGGGGGAAACAGUGAUUUUCAUCUUUACAAACGCUCUAAACAUCCUGUUGAAAAUGGUUUUUAACGUCCCCUGGAUCUUUUCUCCUGUUCGAAGCGUCCUAACAGUCUUCCAUCAGCUGAUAAAGUGCGAGAUUCCGGAGCUGAACAAAGCGUCGGUGUGUGUGAGAGACAGAGGACGAGUGGAAACCAUCAUCAACAACAUGCGGAGAGCAGGACCUAAUGCACUGCAGGUGAUCUCUGACUUCGACAUGACACUCACCAGAUUUGCUCACAAUGGGACACGCUGCCCUACCACACACAAUAUUCUUCACAGCAGCGCUCUCAUUAGCGACGACUGUAAAGCAAAGAUGACGGAUUUGUUGGCUCAUUAUUACCCUAUUGAGAUCGACAACUCGAUGUCGGUGGAGGAGAAAGUUCCUCACAUGGUGGAAUGGUGGACGCAAGCUCACGAUUUGCUCGUCCAACAGCGAAUCAGGAAAGACCAGCUGGCUCAGGCUGUGAGAGACUCGGGCUCCAUGUUGAGAGAGGGGUACAAGUCUUUCUUUGACGUGCUGCAGCAGAACUCGGUCCCUCUGCUGAUCUUCUCAGCCGGAAUUGGAGAUAUUUUAGAGGAAGUGAUCAGAGAGCACGGCGUCUUCCACCCGAACGUGCGCAUCUUCUCCAACUACAUGGACUACGACCAACACGGUGUUGCGUGUGCAUUUAAGGGCGAGCUGAUCCACACGUUUAAUAAAAGAGAGGGAGCUCUACAGAACACACACCAGUUCGUUCACGAUCGCACCAACGUGCUGCUGCUGGGAGAUUCGCUGGGAGACCUGAACAUGGCCGACGGCGUGAAGGACCUCCACGACAUCCUGCGCAUCGGCUACCUCAACGACAAGGUUGAGGAGAGGAGGGAGGCGUACGUCAGCUCUUAUGACAUCGUGCUGGAGAAGGAUGAGACGCUGGACGUCCCAAACGCAAUUCUUAACUACAUCACAGCGGGGAAAUGAGGCCUCGUGACUGUCAGAAAGGGAAACUAGCAUCCCAGCCACCAGCCAAUCAGGAUUAAGCGAGGGUCAAAGGUCAGUGGGAUAAACAGACUGAUCGUCACAUGUCAAGAACUCAUUCAUCUGUGAUUUCUGUCAGUGUAGAUCACUGGCUUCAUCAUUUUCACAUUUUAUCUUCACGCACAAAUUCUUAUGUUUAAAAUAUACUCCUUUUUGUAUUUUUUUUUUUUUUUAAUUAUUUAUCAAAACAUCUCAUCUGUAAUAAUUUGUCUUUUUUUUCUCAGAUUUCAAUUAUUUUUUUAUAAGAUUUUAUCAAUGGGUCAAUUUCUCUCAUUCUGAGAGAUUUUAAUAUCUAAACAUUUUAGAUAUUUUAGCUCAUGCAUUAAACGUCCCUCUCUGGUCUUACUGUAUAAUGUACAGAAUAUAAAAAUCCUUCACAGCCUCUUCAGUGUCGCUCCAGUUUGAUGUUUUAGUUUGAUGUUUUUCUACUGUUUUUUUAUUCUUAUUCUUUUUAAAAGAAUUAAAAUACUGUCCAAACACACAGACGUGGACAAAUUUAUAGGUACCCUUACAGUUCUUAGUGAUUAAACCUAAAGAAGUAGUCUCAUAUAUACCUGCCUGCCCAAUAAACCAAUAAAAUUGUGAAGAGAAAUGACUCAUUUAGAUUAUCUUGCUAAAAUAAACAAACAGCCUGGACAGAUUUCUUGGUUCCCCUAAAAAAAGAUUAGAAAUCAUUGCAUUCUAAUCAUAUUUCAAACUAAUUGUUUAACCUUCAUUAGUGUCACAGGUGUCUUCAAUCUGUGUAACAGCCAAUCAGCCUAUUUAAAAAGCCACUGUGUAGGUUGGUAUCAUAGUGUGCUCCACACUGAACAUGGACCAGAGAAAGCAAGACCAUCUCCAAGCAGUUUGAUGGUCCUGUGGAGGUUGGCUACACACGGACUAUAGCCAACCUCCCAGGACGUGGCCGCAAGAAGAAAUGCAACCCCAGGUUGAUCAGAAGGAUUGAGCGGAUGGUAGACAAAGAGCCAAGGAAAAGCCAUUCAAGCUGAACUCCAAGGUCAAGGUACGUCACUAUCUGAUCACACCAUCCGUCGCAUUUUAAACAACAACGGGCUCCAUGGAAGAAGACCCACGAGAACACCAUUAUUGAAAGAAAUUUAAAAAAAAAAAAAAAAUCCAGACUGGAAUUUGCUAAAAUGCAUGUUGACAAGCCACAAAGUUUCUGGGAGAAUGUCCUUUGGAGUGAUGAAACAAAACUAGAGCUUUUUGGCAAGUCACACCAGCUGUAUGUUCACAGGCAGAAAAAUGAAGCUUUCAAAGAAAAGAGCACCAUACUAUACUGUGACACAUGGAGGGGGCUCAGUCAUGUUUUGGGGCUGCUUUGCUGCGUCUGGCACAGAGGGUCUCGAAUCUGUGCAGGGCACAAUGAAGGCUCAAGACUAUCAAGGCAUCCUGGAGAGAAACAUACUGCCCAGUGUCAGAAAGCUCUCCCUCAGUCGCAGGUCAGGGGUCCUCCAACAGGAUAAUGACCCAAAACACACGGCAAAAACACUCAAGAAUGGCUGGGGGGAAAAACAUUGGACUAUUCUUAAAUGGCCCUCUGAGUCCUGAUCUUAAUCCUAUUGAACAUCUGUGGAAAGAUCUGAAAAAUGCAGUGUGCAGAAAGCACCUUCAAACCUCAGACAGGUAGAGCAGUUUGUUCAGGAAGAGUGGGCCAGAAUACUCGUUACCCGAUGCAGAAGUCUCCUUGUAAACUUGUUGGUAGUGAUUGCUGCUAAAGGUGGUGCAACAAGUUAAGGGCACCAUCUUUUUUUGUCCGUGUCAUUUUCAUUUGGUUCAUUAUGUAAAAUAUUCAGUUUAAUCGAAAAUCAACAAGCAUUACUUUUAAAAGUUAAACAUGGAAUUAACAGUAACUGAUACCAUUAACAUUUGUCAGUUUCAAAUUAUUUCAGAGAUAGUUGUGGGUCCUUCUAUUUCAUGGAAGGGUACCAACAAACUUUUGUCCACGUCCGUACACUUUUUUUCACACAUAAACUUAAAGACAAAAAUAAUUAAAUUGACAUUUUGUAAAAUGUUUACAUUGCUGUUUUACUGAAUGUUGAAUGUUAAAACAGUAACUGCCUGAAUAUUUUGUGCACAAAAACAAGAAUUCUGUUAAUUAUUUCUUUUAUAUAUUUAAAUGAGGUUUUUUUACAUUUAUAUUGUCUGUUUUGCGUCUGAAAAAUCAGACGACUGUGAGUGUAAACGAUGUGACAGUUUUCUUGUUUUCCAUCUCUCUGAUCUUGUACUGUAGAAAUGUUAUAAUUCAGUAAAUAAAAUUAAUUAACUCUA